GGGGAAACUGGACGGGGAUCAGCCACUCCCCGUGCGGAGAAGGGUGGGGGACACACCAGAUGGGGAGGUGGGAGUGGUGGUUGGAUGCCUGUGGGUGUCAACACAAAGGGAAGAGGACCUUGGCUGGGCCUUUGGAGCUGGCUGUGGUGUCUGAGGAGUGAGGAGGUAUCGCAUCCCCCCGGAGCCUGAGUCACCAGCACGGGAGGAGGACGCUGCUCUAUGGCUCUGCCUUCCCAGUGUUUAAGCUGGGCCCUGCUCAGUGCCUGUGCUGGCACCAGAAGGGCUGGGACAGUGUCAGGGGCCUGAGCUGUUGGCUGUGGCUGCCUGUGUCCAUGCAGGUGGGUGGGGGAUGUGAUGCCACUCUCUGAAACACUGAUUUGGAGCCUGUGCCCCAUGUUAAUGCAGAGAACAAUGCAGAUCCAGUGUUAAUUACUCUCCCCCCUCUCACUUCAUCCACCCAGCAGCCUGGCUGGUCUCUACUAUUGACAAGUUUAAUGUGCUGGGUAACAGAGAUGCCACCAAACCAGAGCCUCUUCACUGAGUUCAAAAUGAUGCUUCCAGGGAUUGUAUUUUUCCCUGUGUCCCCUCCAACACGCACCUGGCAGCAGGUACCCAGGUCUGCCUGAGCCAUGAGUUUGGGAACAGGGAUGAGGCUGCUCUCCCUGGGUGGGAGGAAGCAGCAUUUCACAUCCUGAUACCUUGGGAUUUAGAUCCCAAAGAUGAAGGUCUCCAGCUGAUGGAUUUCAGCUACGGCCAGCAAGUGGGCAAUCAGGCUGAGCCCCAGAGAGCUGCUGCUGGAAGAUCCCUCCCUUGUAAGCUGGUUGGCCACUGGUCAGGCUGGUGGUCAGUGGCCAAGGUCAGCUGAUGGAGCAAACUGGUACUGGCUGGAGGGCUGGGAAGUGGCUCCUGUGUGCUGUGCCGGCCUUGCAGGCACUCUCCUCUCCUGGAGGGAGCUAUCAGUCCCACUGGUGAGGCAGCCAUGCCCUCCUGCCCGCCAGAUGCCAGCCAGCAAUAGCAUGUUUAUCUUUGAGCUGCAAAGUACUUUGUGAUUAUAAGCAAAUGCCUCUGCGUGACAGUAAUUAUUGUAUUCAUAAUAUUAAUAAUACCCCUGGUAGGUGAAUUAGUAGCGGUGUCUGUGCCACAGACAGGAGAGGGUGGGAAGGAGAGGAUGAGAUUUAUCUGGGAUGGAUGGCAAACCCCCUUGGCAGAGCUGGAAGCAAUCCCAGCUUUCAAACCGCUGGGCUGUGCUCGUCCAUCCAUAGCUGAGUUGUGGAUGUGUGUGAGUGACAGAGGGAGUGCUUUUUAUCUCAUGAAAAAUAAGUAUUCUCAGAGUUUUCUGCCUCCUGUGUGGGUAGCUGCCAGCUGCUCCCAUCUUUUGGAUCUCUGGAGAAAGGAAACCUGUUUGUGCAGGCCGGGGCCCGCGGGCUGCGUGCGGAGCAGGUGGCAGUGCUCAUGGAAUGCCUGCAGGUCGGAUGGCACCACGGCUGCCAUGUGAUGCCAAGGGCCCUUCAGGGAUUUCCCUGAGGGCUCUUUGCUCUGGUGACCCUGAAACAUUGCUGAGAGUGUUGUUGGCAAAGCAAACCCUGCUGUCAGCGCAAAUGCCCCGGUGGUCUCAGAGCGCUCGUACGCCGAGUGCUGGCACAGCACAGGUUGGGCUCGCUGCCCACGCUGCCAUGCUGGGAAGAGCUGGGUGCAGAUGGAAAUCAAAAGCAGAGCAGCAAAGGGUCUGGAGUUUAGAAGGAAGGCAGGAAUGUUGGAAUGGUUACCGAGUGCCCUGCGUGGAGCAGGGGUGCUGGCUCGCUCCCCGGUGUGUGGGCUGCUGUGGGCAGAGGCCCUGCGGGAGCAGGCGGCAGGAACGCUGUCGGGAAGGUGCGGGUUUCCAUUUCCCAGCACAUGAGUCACCUCCCUGUGCUGCAGCAGCAGGGGCAGCAGCGGGAGCCAGGGGGCCGAGCCGCCCCUGUGGGCCUGUGGGAGGCUGGCGGGACGCGGGGAGCAGUCCCACCCUCCUGCAUCCCAAAUUGCCAGGAAGCGUUGCUGGGGAGCCGGCUGGAGUCAGAGCUUGGCUGUGUCCACUCCACAGAGCUGGAUCUAACUUUGCAGUUGGACCAAACAGCCUCUGGAGAUCUCCUCCUACUGAAAUGCUCCUGCAAAUCUGGGAGCAGAGCGUGGCUGUGUCCUUCCCAUCACACAGGCUUGACACUCAGCUUGCAGUAGCAGGAGGAGAUCCGUGGGCUUGGGGCUGGGAGGGAGAUCUGAGCCUCUUUCCCCUGCUCUUUGGGGUUGUUCUCUUCAGGGAUAGCUGCUCCCUCCCUUCCCUGCUGUAUUCCCAGGUCUCUGGAGCCCCAGCUACGCCUGAGAAGUUUGUAAAUGUGCUUGUUGCUCCAUGGCUGUAACAAAUCCUUGGUGCUGAGAUACAGUGGUGCUGGCAGUCGUGAUGUGGUGUCAGUGGCAUAACAGUCACAAUGUGGGGAAUUCUAUUAAAUAAUUAACCCCUGAAUAAGAGCUUUUAAGUAGAGUCAGGUAUUAAGAAAAAGGAAAGUUAACAAUUAAAUGCUGUGUUAAGCACCUGUCUUCCCUCUUACUUACACCAAACACAAUCCUGCCCCAUCUCAGCCUCAGUUUCUCCCAUUUUUGGAUUAUGCUUGGUCUGUCCCAGACCUUCAGUGAAGCAGUGGGCAGCACAGGAGGUUGGGACUCAUUCAUGAUAAUUUAUAUCUGCUGCUCUUUGCUUUUUUACUCCUAUUCUUUCGCUGUGGUGUGGGUUGGCUGUGACCUCUCAGGGGUGCCCCUGUCCUGGCACGUGUCCCCCUAUGGGAUUUGUGACAUGUCCUCUGUGUCUCUGCUCCCAGCCACUGCCACUUUGUCAUAAACCAACCAACCGCAAGGUCACCAUGUGCUCUUCUGACAGGAUGACUUUUUCUGUGCUGUGUUUAAACUGGUUUCAAAACCAGCCAGCUGUGAGCAGCACGUGGCAUUUCACAUCCUCCUCCCACGCAGGUCACUGCUGUGGUUACCUGAACCCUGCAGUGGGUGCCAGGGCUCAGGUAGGCACCACCAGGGCUCUGUGGCCUGUGCCCAGUGCAGCUGAGCUUGCCUCUCCCCAGAGAUAGCACCAGGCACGCUGGAGCUGGUCUCAGCUGCCUGUGCAGCCGGGCAGCACUGGGAAGAUCCUGGGAGAUGAAUUGGGUCUGUUGUUUUCUCUGACACAGGAAGCCAAAGAAUUCCCACAUGAAGUGCAUCCCCUGCUGUUCAGCAUCAAACAGUGUGUUCCUGCUUUGUCCUGGGAGAAAUGCAGCCAGUGAGGGUCCCGCUGACCCGGCUGCCUCCUCCUGUCAGGAGCACUUCAGGUGUGAAAAAGCUUCUUGCAGACCUCAAACCCACGGGGCAAGGAGCGCCAACCCAAGGCAGGGAGGCAGAGAGAGGUGGCCACUCUACAUGGCAGAGACUUGCUGGUGCUUUCCAGGAUGGGGCAUAAGUGGCUAAACAGUGUUUUGGGCCAUCCUGGGCUCUGGCUGGGACGGGACCGUAGUGGGGUGGCCCGUUUUAACAGUUUGGUAGCCAUCUGCACAACCAACUCACAGAGAAGUUUGGAUCCCUUUAUCCUGACCACAAACACUCCAAGAAUUUUAAUUUUUUUUUAAUUCUGUAAUUUGGAGGAAUAAAACUCUGGUUUCUGAAAAGACUAAUUGAAGCCGUGCUUGCGGCAGGGGCAUCUCGGUGAGUGGAGAGAGAGAAACCCCCUCCCAGCCCAUCUGUGCCCAAUUUACUCCGAUCUGGCCUCACUGAGGCUUUUUUCUUUCUCUCUCUCUUUAAUAAUUUGUUUUAUAAUUCCUGGAAUCAAACCCAUCUCAGACACACUGUUUUAUUUUACUGUAUUAUUGGAUUAUACUUCCUAUAAAUCACUGGAUGUUAUUCAUAGGCCACCACCAGAAUAACUUCCCCUCUCCCCCCCCCCUCGAUGGUCCUGCAUUCCAAACAAGCACACACCAAGGUGGGGGUGCAGCAGCACGGGGCACCCUAGAGACACUUCCCGGAAAUCCCAGCAAAUUUGCCUGGCUGCGGGUGUGAAGCAUCAGGCUGCAGCACCUGGAUGCCUUCUGGCACUCUGGGCCGGUCGCACUGUGCCGUGUGGAGGUUGUUAGGAGGUCGGGGUUAGGUGGAAGUGGAGAGGGGAGGGGGCUGCCAUAUGUGCAUCCUCAGCACAUGUAGGGAAUGAAGUUGCAUCCCCCAGGGCCGAGCAGAGUCAGGGCACAGAGGCACAAGGAAGGUCUGGCCAAGUGCGUUGCUUUAGCUGAGGAUUGGGAAAGUGGAAGAGCAGAGGAAAGUGACAGUUUGGGCAGGGUGACCCGUGCAUCUGCUCUGCCAAGGGCAGUGGGCGAGGAGGAAAACCAGCUAGCCCUGGCAGAGGAACUGUGCUGAUGCAGACCCUGGCUCUGUUUUCUUGAGCUGAUGAUCCAUGGCUGGAUUCUCUGUUCACGGUGGUGUCAGCUGGGAAACCUUGAAGGCUCGUGCAGAAAGGGAGGUUUCACAGCAGCAGCUUCAGAGCAGUAUCUGUGGCUUUUGUCACACCACUGUCCUCAGGCCAGGGCUGAGCAGGUCCGUGCUGCAGGGGUUGGAGAGACUGCCUGGCUCAGAGAGGAGCUGCUGUCACACAGCACGUGGCCCUGCUUGCUCCUUGAACACUGACACCAGCUUGGGACGUGGAUCUUGCCCAAGUCUUGAUACACACAAGGAAAGAUGUGUAGGUCAGUGCAAAUCCCCUGCAGCGCUUAAGCAGGUACGGGACUUCCUGUUUUCAUUGGAGAGGACAGCUCAGAGCCCUGAGAUGAGGCUGUGCUGUGGUAACCAGCAGCUGGCUCCGCUGCCAUCCCGCCCUUCUCGCAGCCCUGGGCUGGACACAGCAGGUCUUGCUUUGCUGACCACACCUGCUCAGGCUUGCAGCCUGAACCCUUAAAAUAUCCCUGGAGAUGAUGCAGAGGCUGGUGGUGUCUGCCCUCAGCAGAGCCUCAGCUCUGACCAUUGCCACGAGCUCAUUUCUGCCACUUGGACCCAGCUCUGCUCAAAGAGCUGACUGCAGCAUCAGAAGAGGCUCAGAGGAAGCACCUUCUGAUCACCUGUGGCAGCCUCAUCUCGAUGUCUUCUGAUGAAGCUCUAACCACAUCUUACAUGUUGGAGCUGACAAAAGGUGAAGACAGUCAAAUGCAAGAGAGUCCAAUGCAUUUGCCUGAGUUUAAAAAUAGCAAUGCUGUGGGUAACUGCCUUGGUUUGGUGGAGUUUUAAAACUAGACACAAAAGAAAGCUUAAUAAACCUCAGGCUGUAGAUAGCAGCAGAAGCAACUUGAUCUUUCCCUGUCUGGGGAGCAGAACUGAGUCCUUUUCUCUUAAUUCCCCUCUUCGUGCGGUAAAUACAGACUUCAGCUGUGGGCUGUGACACCUUUGGGCUAAACCACCAGGAGGCUGAUGAAGAUGUCACACUGCUGGGCUGUGUCUGGGGGUUGCUAAGUAUCUGCAGCCUGUGCUCCAUUGAGAGCAGAGCCUGAGGUCCCUCCACCUGCCUGGGGGACUCGGUUUGUAGUGCAAAGCCCACUUGAUGCAGGGAGGCUGGAGUUGAGCAAUUUGACAUCUGGCUUUCUCUGGGUGCUGGGGCUUUGGUUGAUGUACAGCAAUUGUGGGCUGAGGUGUGUGCACUGAAAUCUCCAGCUGCACCUGGCAGUCGCUGUGUGACUGUCCCUCUGGGACUGGGCAGUGCUGCCUUUAGCAGGGUGGUGUUAAGACAUAACACUUCUCAAGGCUUUAAGUUUGGAGGAACUGGAUGUUUAAUUUAUCCUUUCCCUCCUUUCACAUUGCUGCUUGUAUUUGCUUUGCAUUUGACUGGUAAUCAGGAGAGGAAACCCAGAGGAGGGCUGGGUGAUUCUGGUGUCCAUCCUUGCCCGUGCUGCCUGCCUUGCACAGGGGCUCCUGGCUGGAGCAAAGGGCUUUUACACUGAACCUGCUGUUUAGUGAUAUCUGCAACUCCCUGUGUCCAGACACAGCCCAGACCUUGAGAUGUGUGAGCAGGAGGAAGGGUUGAAGUGGUGCAGGGAGUGAUACCUGCAUUGCUCAUCUCAGGAGCCACACAACUUCCCGUGCUGAGCCUCCUAAGGGACACGUACGUGUCCAGAGAUGGCAGCUGACCCUCCAGGGUUUCUCCCCUGAGCCACCGGGAGUGUUGGAGGUUGGCACAGUUGCUGGGAACUGUCGGCGCCUUUCCCUUCAGGGAAGGAAGCUGUCUCGGACUUGAGACACAUCAGUAAAGUUCAGGUAAAAUAAUUCUGGCCCAGACGUGUCUUCAGAGUCCUGCUCUCGGGCUCUUGAGGCUGGUGGCAGCAAUGUUUAGACCAAAGUCUUCCUUUGCUUAUUCCCCUCUGUUUCCUGUUUAAAAGGCAGAUUGUCACAUAUUUGGGGAUUUAUUUACCGUAAUUGGAGUUAUUUUCCUGGCUGCUGGCUUCUGCCCUCUGAUGCAAGACUCCUUAGUGAAAUGUGUGUCCAGAAAGCCAUGUGACUUUUUUUCCCCUUGCCACAAGUGCCAGCAGGAGAUGCAAUAAUCAACGCGCUGCAGGGAAUUUCCACUGGCAGUUCAGGUUUCUGAAAUCUAGACGUUGGCUUGGGAGGCAAAAGAUUGGGCAGGGCUUUGUGGCAGGGAAGGGAAAGGUUUCCAGCAAAAUUGAGUGUUUGCUGGUGUGUCAGACUCUCCACUCCUGCCCUCCAGCUCAAGUGCAGCAAAGUCCCCAUCGAGUGGUGUUGGAUGAGCUUGCUGGGGGCUUCUGCCUGGUCUGCCUGUCACACAAGCACAUCCUUACAUUUGUCCUUGAAGCUGUUCCACAAGGUGAUACCAGGAUCUCAUUUCAGGGCAACAAAUUGAGGGGAAAUGAUUUGUAAACACAAAGCCUGAGUCUGUUUUAGAGCCAAGCUUCAGCAGCCCAAGCAGCAAAUCAGGACAGAGUCAGUGACAGGUGAGGUGAGGUUGGAGAGGCUUUGCUGUGGUUCCAAGGCAUGGCCAGCUCUGCAAACGCUGAAUCCAACCACUAUUUAGAUGAAGAAGCAGCGUUGCUGUGUAAAAUGAAAGGCAGGAAAUGGAGCAGUGGCACACUGUGUCCAUCUGUCCUGCUGUGGAAUGAGAAAGGGGGUGCUGAGGCAGCUGUCCCAGGCCUCUGCAUCUCCCCAGCUUUGGUGGUGGAGAAGGUGGGGUGCCAGGGAGUCAGAGUGAGGUGCACCAGGUGCAGCAGCUUUGGUGAAGCUUUAGAUGUUUGCAGCGUGACAGGAAGUCCUUUUGCUUUUAAAGAGAUAUUUCUGAUUCUUUAAUGUGCCUUGCACCUUUGAUUUCCUCACGCUUUUAAGUCAAUUACUGUAUUUCUGUUUAAUUCUUUGAGAGAACACUGUAUAAUUAGACUAAGUAUGCUGCUUUGUGAAGUUGUGAAACUCUUGAUUGAGCUUGCGGGGCUGUUUUAUAACCUUCCAGGUGUAGGCAAGGAGGGCAGGUUUGGGUGCAGCCUGCCAGCUUGGUGAGAGUAGUUCCUUGCCAGGGGCUGCCCCACGGGCUCAUCCCCUGCCAGCUCCAUCCUGCCUUCCUCUUUUCAUGGGCUGCAGUCACUCUGGGAAUCCUGUGCCUGGUGCUGGGGGGGCUUGUUGGGAUCUCUUCUUGCCUCAAUGUUGAGAUCAGGAACGGCAGCACAGCCAAGGCUGUGCUUGUACUCUUGUGUGUAUCUGAGGAAUUGAACAGGUUUAGGGGUGGAGAACUUUUAUUUUCCCUAAUUGGGCUGUGUGUGCUAUGCAGCACAGAGCUGGCUGUGCCUGUGCUAAGUGACAGGAGGAAGGUGUGACCUUGAGGUGUCACCCUGGCUGUGUGAUGCUCACUCCAGCUUCACUGAGCAGGACAGUUUAACCCCGGCUGAGUGACAGCCCUGAAGAUCCAUGGGCCAUCCCUAAUGGAAAGGUCAACUUUAAUGCUGGUCAUUGUGGCAGGUGAUGGCCAUGGUGGCCUUAGGGCUGGCUGGUAGGUGACACACAGAGGGCACAAGUGAUUUGUCUGCCCCCGAGACUCUCAGGUCCCACCCCAGAGAAGCAGACAGGAGCGUGUUGCUGUGGAAUGGGAAGGAGAUACCCCAUGGGGAUGGGUUUGGCUGUGGAGUUUCUCCAUUCCCCCUUCUCCCAUCCCUCCUGGGAUCAUCUGGCCCCCUGACCCAGGCUCAGUGAACUCCCGGCGCUUCUCCGCUGGCCCCGGGGCGUCUUGCGAAAGCAGCGCCUGCUCUGCGGGUGAUGGCACGGGGAUGGAGAAGGAGGCUCCGGCUGCCAAAGGCGCGUUGGGAACAGCAUAAACCCUUCAGCCCGAGGAGCCAAGGGCUGACAACCCUCGUGCCUGGUGCUGGGAGCGGAGCUGGUCCCGCCCGGGGGGCCCCAAGCGCGCUCGGGGCCGUGGCGGAGAGCGGCCAAAGGCGGCCACAUGGGCCCGGGUGGUUCUGGAAGCAGGCGCGGCGGAAGUGAUGCUCCCAGAGCCAUCUGCACGGGGAGCGGGAGACGCGCCCCAGCUGGUGCGAGGCCCUGGCAGCCCCGGGAGCUGCCGUCUGCUGGGCUUUACUGCUGUCUACGUUGAAACACGGCUCGGGAAAGGACGGGAGGGGGGUCGGUGGCACGGUGCCAGUCCCGGUUCUCCUGGCCUUCUCGUUCCUUUCUCCUCCUCCUCCUCCUCCCUGCUCCCUCCAAUGCUUUAAAGUCACAUUUCCAGGCCAGACAUAGAAUUAAUCUCUGGGCACUUCACAUUGCUGGCAGCGCAAAGCAGGAUGUGGGAUCUUUUUUUCUCUCUCUCUGCGUCUUGGCUGACUUUUUUACCUCUCGAAGAAUUUGGAAGGGCCGUGAGAUUCCCCCCACCCCCCCUCGCCUCAGUGCCGUGCAGUUUUUCAGCACGCUGAUCACCCUGCUGUGGCUUCACCCUAAUAGAUUUCAUAUGCUGACACAGUUGACAUCAGUACCAAACUAUUUUACAUGUGAUCUGGUGUAUUUCCUGAGGAAAUCUGCAAGAUAUUUAUUAAGAACUAAUAAAAUAAACCUCUCCAUGAGCUUUUAGGUAGUUUUCAAUUUUUCAUGUCUCUCUCGUUUCCUCUUAUCAAUGAGUUUCUAUUUUCUCCCUCCUCUCUGACCAUUGCAGAAGGAAACAAAAAUAAAUGUUUUAAACCGUUCCUGAAUGGACACUGGGAAUAUUUCUGUAGUGAUGUAUUAGCAAAGUCGUAUUUUUAGGGCUGUAUUGUCAAGACUAAAAAUAUCCCGCUGCAUGCAUCCUUUUUAUAGGGCUUUGUGUGUGUGUGUGUGUGUGUGUGUGUGUGCUGAGCGUUGUACAAGUUUGCACCAAUGUGCAAAGGUCUUUGUACUACUGCAGCGUUGCCUCCCCAUCACAGCUGGACUCCAUUAGGCCUUGGAAAUUAGUGUAAUCCUGGUUAAGAAAGGGAAAAAAAAAAUUAAAAAAAAAAAUUAAUCAAUCUCGCAGAGCCGCGUUUCCCCAGCUGAGCCAGGAUACCUGCGUGGCAGCCGCGCUCCAAAGGGCUCCAGCAGCCGGGGUUUUGCCAUGGCUUUCCUGCCACGGAGGGUGUUCCCUGAUGGAGAGCAGCGGCUCUGCUCUCCCUGCUUCCCCUGGAGCAGCCGGGCUCAGGCAGGACGGGCCGUGGGCUGCAGUCACCCAGUGGGUUCUGCUCAGUUGUCACAGCUGGGAAGCCUCUGGGGCUGUGCUGUGCUGGCAGCAGGGAGCAGGCUGGAUGCUUCGCGUUCUCAGAGGGAUUUUCUGCCUUUCUGCCAUUUGUGUCUCCUUCAAUUAAGUGCGAUUGGAACAGAGAGAACCAAAGGUGGGCGCCGGGCUGCGAAGCCGCCUCCCCUCUGUGCUGGUUGCGGGGGGACCUCUGUGCCGCGCUGGGGGGCGGCUCUGCUUCUCCGUCACGUGUGAUUGAUGCAGCCCUUUCCAAACACCAUUUCCCCUCCGGCUGGCGUCCGUGGAUCCCGGCGUGGCGCUGUGGCCGUCACUCCUGUCCCCAGCAGCAGCCUUGCGUCACGGGUGGUGGGAGCAGCGGCUGACGGGGGCCCUGACGGCCGGGCCAGCGCCGUGCGCAUGGUACACGCUCUGCGCUCCCCCUCCAUCCUCUCCGUGUGCUCGCGGGCUCCUCGCCGUAGCUUUCCUGUCUGCUGCUGUCUGGAGAGCCACAGCCUCUCUGCUUCCUGUAGAGCAGUUCAGCAAAAGCAGUAAUUAGGGCCCGUAAAAAUUUAUUUUAUUAGCGAGAAGUGUUGGUGGGUAAUUGGCCAUAAUUUGAACCCAGCCAGAUUGGAGAUUAAUAAAAAAAAUUUCAUAUAUAUAUAUAUAUGUAUAUAUAUACACAUAUUAAAAAAAAAAACCAAACCACAGAGAGAUCUUUUUACCAGAAACACCAGGGCUAUGAGCUGGAAACCCUUCCUGAGACGGGUGGGACAGGACGGGCUGGCGGCUGCAGAGAGGGCGGCCAGCAGCGAGCGCCCGUGCUGUACCCGUCCUUGAGGGUGUUUGACACUGGCAUGGGAAGAAAGGAAACCUUGUUUUCCAAGAACUCUGUUCUUUCUCAGCUUGAUAAGCAUUUAAAAUAAAAGCUGCACAAUUGGAAUUGGCAGAGCAUCCUCAUUCUUUUGUCUGUCUGUUUAUUUUUUUCCCCUCAUCCCUCGACAUGUGUGCUACAGCCCAGGGUUACUACACCCCGUGGAACCACAGGCCUGGAACUCUGCAGGCGCGCGCUGAGCUCUGCCCACCCCCAGCCUGGCUCUUUGAAGCCUGGCAGAGCAACAGAGAUCCAGCCCCGACCCUGGCAGCCUCCUGAUGGCCAGGGCACUGAAAUCUUUGACAAAACAUGAGUUCUCAGCCCCUUUCA